GGGUGUGAGACGCAAGGCGUAAAAGAUUUGGAACCUGCCUGUCUGCCCUGAGACUCUCUGAUGUUGUACAAAACACAAAGGAAUCCAACUCCCACAAGCAUUACCCUGAAGACAGAGGGACCACCAGGUUAUUGUAAGCCUGAGGGCAGGGACAGUCUUAUCACUGACAUCUGGAAACCACUCUGGAGGCCUUUUUUUGGCUGAAAAGCAGGAUCAGAUUUGCAUGAACUGAUACAUCUCUUCAGGACCAGCGCUGCUGCCUGUUUCUGAAUGAUGACAGAACAGGAUUUAGCUGAGGUGGUUCAAAUUGCUGUUGAAGACUUGAAUCCAGAUCAUCCAGUUGUGUUGGAAAAUCAUGAUGUUACAGAUGAAGAUGUAGACCCACCUUUAAAGCGUCAACGGAUUGAAAUUAAUUGCCAGGAUCCCUCAAUUAAGUCGUUCCUGUAUUCCAUUAAUCAGACAAUAUGCCUGCGAUUGGAUAGUAUUGAAGCAAAGCUGCUAGCCCUAGAAGCUACUUGCAAAUCACUGGAAGAGAAACUGGACCUUGUCAUGAACAAGCAGCAUAGCCCUAUCCAAGUUCCCAUGGUGGCAGGUUCCCCGCUUGGUGCUACACAGACAUGCAACAAAGUGAGAUGUGUCGUCCCUCAGACCACAGUAAUCCUCAACAAUGAUCGUCAGAAUUCGAUUGUAGCCAAGAUGGUAGGACAGGAAGAGCCAUUGCCCAGACCAGCGGAUUCACUGGAAAACAUCCUUAGCACUGCUGUUCCUGGACGGAGGCAGAAUACCAUUGUUGUGAAGGUGCCGGGGCAUGAAGACAGCCAUAAUGAGGACGGGGAGAGUGGUUCUGAAGCCAGUGACUCAGUUUCCAACAGUGGCCAGUUAGGAAGCCAGAAUAUUGGGAACAAUGUUACCCUUAUUACACUGAAUUCUGAAGAGGAUUAUCCCAGUGGGACGUGGCUGGGAGAUGAAAUCAACCCUGAGAUGCGGGUGCGUUGCCCCAUCACGCCAGCGGACAUGCUUCACAUUAGCACCAACUGCCGCACCGCUGAGAAGAUGGCGCUGACGCUGCUUGAUUACCUCUUUCACCGGGAAAUCCAGGCCAUCUCCAACCUUUCAGGGCAGGGGAAGCAUGGAAAGAAACAACUAGAUCCUCUCAUGAUUUACGGCAUCCGUUGUCACCUUUUCUAUAAGUUUGGAAUCACAGAGUCUGACUGGUACCGGAUCAAGCAGAGCAUAGAUUCCAAGUGCCGGACAGCUUGGCGGCGAAAGCAGCGAGGCCAGAGUCUUGCGGUGAAAAGUUUUUCAAGACGGACACCUUCCUCAUCCUCUUAUAGCGGCUCAGAGAGUGCUCAGAGUACCACAUCGGCACCGAAUGAAAUUCAGGCCAACCAGCCACAAGCGCUUCACUACGCCCUGGCCAAUGCCCAGCAAGUCCAGAUACACCAGAUAGGAGAAGAUGGCCAAGUCCAAGUAGGUCACCUCCAUAUAGCCCAGGUGCCACAAGGAGAGCAGGUCCAGAUCACGCAAGACAGCGAGGGUAACUUGCAGAUACAUCAGGUUCAUGUCGGACAAGAUGGCCAGGUGCUGCCGGGCGCUCGAUUGAUUGCUGUUGCCUCACCAGCUGAUCCUGCAGCUGGUGGCGUUGAUGGAUCUCCACUCCAAGGGAGUGAUAUCCAAGUCCAGUAUGUCCAGCUGGCGCCUGUGACGGACCACUCAGCUGCUAAUCAAAGCACAGAUUCUCUUCAGUCAGCCAUCCAGCCGGAAAUGCAGAUAGACCACGGAGGCAUUCAGAUUCAGUGAAAUGGAGUCAGUGAGAAACAGAAGCACCACCACCACCAAACUCCACUCCAGCCACCUUGUCUUCUCAGCUUGGAGGAUAUUCUCCCUACCCUCUCCUGUACAUCAGAGUGUGAGCCAGCUCCAUUGAAUUGAUUGUAUGGAACCCCCUCCCACAGGUCCUCAUAUGAAGGAGCUCCCUAGAAUCUGUUGUGCAGAUGAAGAGAACUGCCAUCAUUUUCACUCCAGUACAAAAGACUCCUAAUAGAUGUGGUUUAGCCAUACCUGAAAGAAAAAGAUUUUUUUUUGCAGAAGACUAAAGCUAGCUAACCUUAAUUAAUCAAAAGAUUACAAGUGAAUUGAUGUGCCACCUUUCAUCUCCGUGACUCAUCCUUGUAAACGUCUCUAGAUACCUUAUCAGACUCUUGCCUGUCUUGCAGUACAUACCUUACCACACAGAAAGAAUCAAGAGUGCAAAUAUAUUUUGCUGUUGAAAGAAGAAUUUUUUUAUUUGCUAUGUUUAUAACGAGAGAGAGAGAGAGAGAGAGAGAGAGAGAGAGAGAGAGAGAGAGAGAGAGAGAGAGAGAGAGAGAGAGAGAGAUGUAUUUAAGAAAGAAAAUGGGGGGAAGCCCAUUAUCACAAUUGUUAGCUUUUUUGCUGCUGUUUUUUCUGUUUUGUUUCAGUGUAACCGAAAUUAAUUUUUUAAAAAGGAAAAGAAAAAAUUUCCAUACACAUACAACCCUUGCCUUUUUUGUUGAUAUUGUUGCUUAACUACUUUUCUAAAGAGGGGUUAACUACUAUCCAACACUUGUAAUUAUGCAUUUCUAAAGAAAUAAAUGUGUAUUUAUGAAGAGCAUCCUUCUCUUGCCUGUCUGUGGAUAUAACUCUUCUGAAAGACUUGCCUUUUCACAUAGCAGUGCUUUACUCCCACGUUAAUUUUACUCAGAGAGGAGGGCAUUCUUCAUGCAGGGUGAAAAGCCCCCUCACUCCCAUUGCCACCUGCCUCAGUGACAGGGCCCCCUGGAAUAGAGCUUCUGAAGAUGAUCUUAACAUCCAAGGCUGAUGUGAAGACAAGUGAUCCUUUAGCUCUUUAAAAGUAGGUCUCUGAACUUUGAGUUGAGAUUGAAGCCAGUGUCGCUGUUUAAACAUAGAGGUGAUAUGACCCCAAAGCCCAGAUAUACUUAGCACCCUAGCAGCUAUGUUUUCGAUUAAAUACAGUCAUAAUGCAUCACCUCCUACAGUCCCAGUAAUAUGUAAGGAUAGAUUCCAGCAUUUCUCUUACAAGUAAAAAAUAAAAUAAAAUUGGGGCUUUGGAACAUGGAUACUUGGAUUAGGGCUUUACACUGAAAGAAACUUCCUUGCUGGGAUGGAUAGGGGUUCCCUCAGCUCAUUGCUGCAGAAUUAGAUCACGUUCACCUCAGAUUUGAAGCACUUCAGGUUGCUCUGCCUCUUCUUCCAAAACCUUGGAUUGUAGGCCGCAAAGGGUGUGUGCGUGUCAAUAAAUGUAUGUAACUGGCAGAAUUGGAUUAAAUUUGGAGGCAUAGGAAUCCCUAUUGUAUGCAUGAACAUGGCAUACAAUUUAAAGGUGUUCCUAGGCACUGCUUCUGAUAUGUUACUUCUGCCAUCCCUUCAAAAAACACUGAAAUUGGGAGUAAAGAGAGAGCCCUGCUAUAGUUGCUGAAAGCUAGGCCUGACAGUCACAGAACUACACUCCCCUCCCUGGCCCCUCCCCUCUGCCAGGCAUUUCCCAGUUUUGGUGAGGUUGGAGGAGUGUACAAAAGAGUAUCAAACUAGUAAACUAAACAAAAAAAUAGAAGUCUCCCCCCCCCCCAGCUCUGAGUUGGUUCUAAAGUUUCAGAGCCAGCCUGCUUUCUCUCAUACUACCUCAGAUACAAAUAUCUCUGAAAUGAG